GCCACUUCCGCCUUCCUCCAUCUCAUCCUUCUCAUCCCUCUGCACGCUCUUAGCGUCCUCAGGUCCAAGUGUCCUUCAGGUGCUGAUGCCUGGCAGCAUCACCAACUCUAAGACCCUUCAGUGCUGUUCGUCGAGCAUUGCGCCUCGACAUCCCUGUCUGUGCUCCGCCAAACCCUUCGUCAAACUCUUGGUAGGCUUACCCUCCCCUCUAUAUCAUAGUCGGACCGGACACACCCGUGUUGGCUGGCACUGACGCCCCAAUUCGCCCCAAUCACUCUCGCGCAGAGAUGCAGAAGCCUCUCGUCGACUACUCGCUAUAUCUCGUGACAGACUCUACAGAGGCCAUUCUUGGGGAAAGGAAUCUCGUCGACGUAGUGGAACAGGCAAUUGCGGGAGGUGUCACUGUAGUGCAAUACAGAGACAAAACAAGUGAUACUGGUGUGCUUAUCCACACUGCAAAAGAGCUCCAUAAAAUAUGCCAGAAGGGCAACGUUCCUCUAAUUGUCAAUGACCGGGUAGACGUUGUCCUCGCCGUGGGGUGUGAGGGCGUGCACUUGGGCCAAGAUGACAUGGAUAUCGUAACGGCUCGGAAAAUCCUGGGCCAGGACAAGAUAAUAGGUGCUACAGUCUCUUCCAUCAAAGAGGCUCAGGUGGCCGUCGAAGCUGGAGCAGACUAUCUCGGCAUCGGAACACUCUACGCCACAGCAACGAAAAAGGAUACGAAGAGUAUCAUUGGCAUCAAUGGUAUCCGCAAGAUCCUUUAUUACCUAUCUCAUCAAAAGGAUGAUGCCGCUCAAAUUGUCAAGUCCGUUUGCAUUGGAGGAGUCAACGCAUCCAAUGUCCAGCGAGUACGCUACCAACUGCACCCACCUUCUGGGUCACAGCCGCAAAAGGUCCUGGAUGGGGUCGCCAUCGUGAGCGCCAUCAUGGCCGCUGAGCAUCCUCAAGCCGCAGCCAGCCAUCUCAAGCUACUCCUGGACACGCCUCCCCCAUUCAAAGUAAAAUCCACCACUGCCGUCUCCAUCCCCGAGACCGAGCAAGAUGAGAUAAACUCAAUCCGCACUGCAACCACCAAGGCUAUAGUCGCCGUGUCUAACCAGAAACCCCUCUCCCACAACAUGACCAACCUCGUCGUCCAGAACUUCGCCGCCAAUGUCGCCCUCUGCAUCGGCGCCUCUCCCAUAAUGUCUAACAACGGAGACGAGGCGCCUGACCUUGCACGCCUCGGCGGUGGACUAGUUAUCAACAUGGGCACGGCAACCCCCGACUCACUAGCCAACCACCAAAAAGCAAUAGAAGCCUACAAUUCCGUCGGCGGACCCAUCGUCCUUGACCCUGUUGGGGCAGGAGCAACCGCUGCGAGAAAAGAAGCUCUCGCGUUUUUGAUGGCAUCUGGGUACUUCGACCUGAUCAAAGGCAACGAGCGAGAAAUCAUGGCUGUAGCGCGAGCCUCUGGUUUUGUGCUGCAUGACAGCGAAAGCAAAAGCAGUCAACAACGAGGCGUCGACAGCGGCACCUCGCUUUUCAGCUUCGAGGAGAAAGCCUACCUGGUAUCUCGAAUUGCAUUGCGGGAACGAAACGUCGUUCUCAUGACGGGGAAAGUGGACAUUGUCAGCGACGGCAUGCGCACCUACAGCAUCUCCAACGGACACAGCUUGCUUGGAGAGAUCACUGGCAGUGGAUGUGCGCUGGGCACCACGCUAGCCGCUUAUAUGGCCGCGAAUCCAGAAGACAAGCUUCUAGCAUGUGUGGCUGGGAUCGUGCACUACGACGUUGCAGGCCAGGUGGCUGGUGCAGGAGAUGUUCAAGGCCCAGGAACCUUUAUUCCAGCUUUCUUGGACCAGCUGUCCAAGACUCGGACGCAAGUUAUGAACAAAGCGUAUAGCGAUAUCGCCUUCAGGAUGGAAGUCAAACCCAUUAAGAAUAUUCCAGAUUGUGGGCUCCUGCGGGAAUUGUAGGGUAUGCUGUAGGUUUCUUUGCGCAGAAAGUCUUCUAAUAUAUCCUCCUUCAGGCCCGUAGAAUGCUCCAUGUUGUCAAUAGAGUUUCGGCCUACUGCGCCACAAAGCUGAGAGCAGGCAGGCGUUGGUAUAUAUAUAGCUCGCAAAACUUGAAUCCAGCCACUGCGAAUUGGAGUGUGUGAGGAAUUCCAGCAGAAAUUAUCAGGAUUAUCAACAGCGAGCUAACUUUGCUC